UUUGCAUGAGUAAACAUCCUUGUAAUAAUGAACAGACCAAUAAUGUCUUAAGAGAGAAAAAGAACAUCCUUUUCCUUUUUGCUGUUUCUUGAGAGAACUGUUUGGAUUUGGAAACCCAUGUUGGCUGUUCAGAAUAUGAAAGUUGGCAUCUUCCUGUUGUGGUGGGGAUGGGUUUUGGCCACUGAAAGCAGAGUGCAUUGGCGAAGAAGAGAAGUACACGAGAUGUCUAAGAAGGGCAGUCCAAUUCUGAAACGAAGUCCCGAUAUCACCAAGUCGCCACUGACAAAAUCAGAGCAGCUUCUCAGGAUAGAUGACCACGAUUUCAGCAUGAGGCCUGGCUUUGGAGGUCCGGCCAUUCCUGUGGGUGUGGAUGUGCAGGUGGAGAGCUUGGACAGCAUCUCAGAGGUCGACAUGGACUUCACGAUGACCCUCUACCUGAGGCACUACUGGAAGGACGAAAGGCUGUCCUUCCCGAGCACCAACAACCUCAGCAUGACGUUUGACGGCCGUCUGGUGAAGAAGAUCUGGGUCCCCGACAUGUUUUUCGUGCACUCCAAGCGCUCCUUCAUCCACGACACCACCACGGACAAUGUCAUGUUGCGGGUCCAGCCCGAUGGGAAAGUGCUCUACAGUCUCCGGGUAACAGUGACUGCAAUGUGCAACAUGGACUUCAGCCGAUUUCCCCUGGACACGCAAACGUGCUCACUUGAAAUUGAAAGCUAUGCCUAUACAGAGGAUGACCUCAUGCUGUACUGGAAAAAAGGCAACGACUCCUUGAAGACAGAUGAGCGGAUCUCACUCUCACAGUUCCUCAUCCAAGAAUUCCACACCACCACUAAGCUGGCCUUCUACAGCAGCACAGGCUGGUACAACCGUCUGUACAUUAACUUCACUUUGCGACGCCACAUCUUCUUCUUCUUGCUCCAAACUUACUUUCCUGCCACCCUCAUGGUCAUGCUGUCCUGGGUGUCCUUCUGGAUCGACCGCAGAGCUGUGCCCGCCAGAGUCCCUUUAGGUAUCACCACCGUGCUGACCAUGUCCACCAUCAUCACGGGUGUGAACGCCUCCAUGCCCCGCGUGUCCUACAUCAAGGCGGUGGACAUCUACCUCUGGGUCAGCUUUGUGUUCGUGUUCCUCUCGGUGCUGGAGUACGCAGCCGUCAACUACCUGACCACGGUGCAGGAGCGGAAGGAACGGAAGCUCCGGGAGAAGCUUCCCUGCACCUGUGGAAUACCCCAGCCACGCGGGGUCAUGCUGGAUGGCAGCUACAGCGACGGGGAGGUUAACGACCUGGGCAACUACACGCCGGAGAAUGGAGAGAAGCCGGACAAGAUGAUGGUGCAGCUGACCUUGGCCUCAGAGAGGAGCUCCCCCCAGAGGAAAAGUCAGAGAAGCAGCUAUGUGAGCAUGAGGAUCGACACACAUGCCAUUGAUAAAUACUCCAGGAUAAUUUUUCCAGCAGCAUAUAUUUUAUUCAAUUUAAUAUACUGGUCUAUUUUCUCAUAAACGCCUGUAACUCUAUACAUUUCACAUUCUUCUGUAUGUACCACAGAAAUACCUGUAUGAUGAGAGUAAUUUAAGGUUAUGAUGAAAUUAAAGUUCCCACUAUCCA